CUCUCUCUUUCAUUAACUCCGCGCCCCACCGCCCCGUCUUAUCUAUCCAUCCAUCCGCCCCGAGUCUGUCCUCGCCUUCCCUCUCUCUCGCCGCUCGCCCGCCGCAUCGCUUUUUAGGGUUUUCUCCGCCUCCUCGAUCGCUCCCCACGCGCGCUCGUCGACGAGGCCGGCAGGUCCGCUCCGCCCCCCAGCCCACGUACCGCCCCCGGCGAGAUGGGACACAGCGACGCCGCAUCGCCCGCAUCGGCGGCCGCCGCUCGCGACGCGAAGAAGAAGAGGGGGAACCGGACGGCGGCGAAGCUGAAGCAGAGCAAGCUCGAGACGCGCCGCGAGCAGUGGCUGUCCGGGCAAGGCAAGGAUGGGAAAGAGACCAAGGUUGCGGCUUCGCCAACAGGAGCAGGAUCAAAUGCUGGCUCACCCAUCCUCGCUUCCCCGCACCCUCCACUCCCACGUCGUCGUGCGGACACGAGGUCUAGGGGAAGUGAUCCGGAUGACAGGGAGGAGGCUGGCACUGCUGGACUAGAGGUAGGCAGCAGCGAUCUUGACUCCCCCAUGCACAGCCCUGCCUCCGAAAAGUCCCAUGGCGAUGGUGGCGCUCGGAGGAAAGUGUUCUCCGGCAAUGGUGGUGGCCCCAGCCUCAGUAGUGGCAGCAGUGUGUGGUCCAGCUCGAGGAGUGUGAGUGAUGCUGAGGAGGAUGCAGGCUGCCCUGAGGAUGAGAGUGAAGUCUUGGAUGAUUGGGAAGCGGCUGCUGAUGCACUCUAUGAUGAUGACAGUCAGUGCCACCAGAGUUCAGUUCCGACUACACCCCCACCAGCUCCUACCAAUGCAGCACCUGCCAAUGUAGCAAGACCAGAACCAAUCCGGAGCAAGACAAGGGCUUGGGCACCUGAUGAUAUAUUUCGUCCACAGAGCUUACCCAGUAUCUCCAAGCAGGCCAGCUUCCCGGCGAGCAUUGGUAACUGCUGGGCAGGGAUGGGGAUGGGUGCUGCGCAGCAGGGUAUUCUCUCAUUGCCACUGUCGUGCCCGAUAUGCUACGAAGAUCUUGACCCAACAGACUCUAGCUUCCUCCCCUGCCCUUGUGGGUUUCACCUGUGCCUCUUCUGCCACAAGAGGAUCCUUGAGGCAGAUGGGCGCUGCCCAGGUUGCAGGAAGCAAUACAACACCGCGUCUGCAGCAGAAGGUGGUGGCGGCCCAAAAGCAACAACAGUUGGGACUGGACGAGAGAUGGCAAAUAUAGCACCAGUGCGACUAUCCCGUUCUUGUAGCAUGGGUCCAACAUACUAGACUUCCAGGGUUAUACUAGUUCUAUGUUGUAGCUCAACUCAUUGCAUGUUACUGUUGGAUAUGCUAGUUUUUUGCGUAUCGUCUGCUUUUGGUAUAAAGAAAUGUGAAUAUUGGAAUAGGUGCUGAAUCCAUAUAGACUUGUCCAGAAACUAUGUUUUUUAGAUUGUUCCCAUUGCAUGUGUUGCUGGAGAACUGUUUGUUGCUUACAGUUUGUGAGAUAAUAUAUAUGCUAUAUAAGGUGACUGUUGUGUCCUUACCUA